GGUGAAAUGUUUUCGCGGACUUCGUCCCUCCUAUCUCCAUCUCCAACUUUGACUAACUCAAGAGUUCUUACAUCGUCUGUAGCGGUACUCAGUCGGAUCUCCCCGUGAGAGAACAGCCCAGCUAUGUCCGUGACAAACGGUGACCAUGUGAGCCAAGACACGUGGGAGUCCCACAACAAGAUGAUGUUGGAGCCUCUCUCCUCCAACGACUCAGAGGUGUUCGACAUCAUAAAGAGAGAGAAGCACAGGCAGACUUUUGGUCUGGAGCUGAUUGCUUCUGAGAACUUCACCAGCAGAGCUGUACUGGAGGCUCUGGGUUCCUGCAUGAACAACAAGUACUCUGAAGGCUACCCUGGACAGAGGUACUAUGGAGGCACGGAGCAUGUGGAUGAGCUGGAGAGGCUCUGUCAGAGCAGGGCUCUGCAGGCCUACGGCCUCCACCCAGACAGGUGGGGGGUCAACGUGCAGCCCUACUCAGGUUCUCCUGCUAACUUCGCUGUGUACACGGCCAUCGUGGAACCCCAUGGGAGGAUCAUGGGACUGGACCUUCCUGACGGAGGUCACCUCACCCACGGCUUCAUGACCGACAAGAAGAAGAUCUCAGCCACCUCCAUCUUCUUUGAAUCCAUGCCCUACAAGGUGAACCCAGACACCGGCUACAUCGACUACGACCGUCUGGAGGAGAACGCACGACUGUUCCACCCUCGUCUGAUCAUCGCAGGAACCAGCUGUUACUCGCGUAACCUUGACUACGCUCGCUUGCGUGGGAUAGCGGAGCAGAACGGGGCGUUCCUGCUGGCUGACAUGGCUCACAUCAGCGGGCUGGUGGCGGCCGGCGUCGUCCCAUCACCCUUCGAGUACUGCGACGUGGUCACCACGACGACGCACAAAACGCUCCGGGGCUGCCGCUCCGGGAUCAUCUUCUACCGGAAAGGUGUGCGCAGCGUGGACGCUAAGGGGAAGGAGACCCUGUACAACCUGGAGUCUCUGAUCAACCAGGCCGUGUUCCCUGGGCUGCAGGGCGGCCCUCACAACCACGCCAUCGCUGGGGUGGCGGUGGCUCUGAAGCAGGCCCUGACCCCUGAGUUCAAGGCCUACCAGCUGCAGGUUCUGGCCAACUGUAAAGCCAUGAGCAACACACUCAUCAAACACGGCUACAAGAUCGUCACUGGAGGCUCUGAUAACCACCUGGUCCUGCUGGACCUGAGACCCAACAAGACAGACGGAGGACGGGCUGAGAAGGUUCUGGAAGCAUGUGCCAUUGCCUGCAACAAGAACACCUGCCCAGGGGAUAAGAGUGCGCUGCGUCCCAGUGGUCUGAGGCUGGGCUCCCCUGCUCUGACCUCCAGAGGCCUGCUGGAGGACCACUUCAGGAAGGUGGCCGACUUCAUCCACAGAGGCAUCCAGCUGACCCUGCAGAUCCAGUCCAGCCUGGACCCCAAGGCCACCCUGAAGGACUUCAGAGAGGCCCUGGCCCACGGAGAGAAGCACCAGCAGCGGGUAGCUGAGCUCAAGGGGGAGGUGGAAGCCUUCGCUGGGCACUUCCCCAUGCCUGGCCUCCCUGAGCUGUAGAGAGACCCGGGAGGAAAUCUGUUGAGCUGCCUUCAAAUUCCUGCUAUGGCCUGUGCCGGUUUGUGCCUGUGUUAGUAGAAAUGCCUAGUGACCUAGUGACUUGUACACUUUCUUGCUGCCAGGGGCUGUUCGGCUCUGAAUGCUCCCUUCCUUGCCCCCAUGGCAACCCCUUUAAAGUCCUUUAACUGACUGUUAUGUUACACAACAGAUGACACUGAUGUUAGCUGUGUUAACUCCUUUCCUGUGCUGUCUGCUGCCAUUGAAAUGGUGUGUAAAGCUACGCUGUCAUUCUGAAAACAAAUGCCACUAACUGUACAAGUAAACUGAUCUGUUGGACAACA